AUGAAGCCGUCCAUUGACAGUGUUGGCAACAUACAGCCACCAGAUCUCAUCAAAGAAUCGCUGGGUUUUGCUGCGCUCUUCAUUGUAUACUUUCUAGCGGAGUCAAUAUCCAGUGUCUACCUUGGGCCUCUCAGCAAAUUCCCAGGACCAAAGCUGUGGGCCUUCACCAAACUCCCCAGCAUUAAAGCCAUGGUCUCCGGCAACGAAGGGCAAAUCUACUCCGAGCUACAUCAGAAGUACGGUCCCGUCGUGCGCGUAGGCCCACGCCAGCUCUCAUACGCUGGAGGCGCGCAGGCCUGGAAGACCAUCUAUGGCUUCAAGAAGCAUGGGUCUUCGAUGCCGUACAAGGAUCCUUUGUUCUAUGGCAAGUCGUUGAACGGGACGCCGAACAUCAUUGUCGCGGAUGAUGCGAAUCAUAGCCGGCAAAGGAAGAUUCUGGCUCAUGCCUUUUCUGAUAAAGCGCUCAAGGAGCAAGAGCCGCUGUUGAAGCGGUGGGCGCAGCUUUUGAGGACGAAGUUGAGAGAGAGGGCGGAUGGAAAGGAUGAGCUGGAUAUGGUGAAAUAUUAUAACUUCACCACUUUCGACGUUAUGGGCGACCUCACCUUCAGCGAAGGCCUGAACAUGCUCGAAGGCUCCGACUAUUCACCAUGGGUCAAGACGAUCUUCGGCAGCAUCAAGAACGCGACGUUCUUCCGCGGCAUCCGUGUGCACGACGCAGUCAGCAAAUACAUUCUAGAUGAAUUCGUCUUCAAAAGCAAGAAAGUCCGCACCAUGGCCUGGGAGCACUGGCGGUACACCACCGAUCGUUUGCACCGCCGUCUGAAGCGCGAGCCGGAGCAUGAAGAUCUCUGGGCGAAGAUCAUGGCCAAGGACGAAGCUGAUGGUGGUUUGACGAUGGGAGAGCACGAGUCGAAUGCGAGCUUGUUCAUGAUUGCUGGAACCGAGACAACUGCUACUGCGUUGUCUGGCACGACAUAUCAUCUAUUGCGGAACCCGGACAAGAUGCAGAAGCUUAUCGGAGAGGUUCGAGGUGCCUUCUCUGAUUUUGACGAUGUUACGCUUGAAGGUCUUGCCAAGAUGAAGUAUCUGCAGGCUGUAUUGCAGGAAGGUCUUCGAAUGUACCCGCCGGUUCCAAUCGCUUUGCCACGAGUCACGCCUACCGAGGGCGCAGAGAUCGAUGGGAUGCCGGUCCCGGGCGACGUAACGAUUGGCGUACACCAGCUCGCCACGUACAGGAUGCCUGAGCAUUUCAAGAAUGCUUACGAGUUCCAUCCCGAGCGGUGGUUGAACGACCCAGAGUACAAGGACGAUAGUUUGGAUGCGCUGGAGCCUUUCUCCGUGGGCCCACGAAACUGUCUUGGCAAGAAUCUCGCAUGGCAUGAAAUGCGCGUCUUGCUGGUAACGGUCCUCCUGCAUUUUGACCUCAAAUUGAGCGAAGAUUCGAAGACAUGGUCGGACCAGAAGAUCUAUACGCUGUGGGAGAAGAAGCCUUUGCUGUGCUCGCUGACGCCUUGCGCGAAGACCUGA